AUGGCUGUUGCCAGGGCAGCGCCUGUAAACAUUCUGUCUGGGGCCCUGGUCGGGGGGAAGCAGCUGGGAGUCUCCUUCUGGGGCUUCCUCGGCCAGGACUGUUCCAAACAAGGAUCCGGUCACUCAGGUACCGGCAUCGAACUUUAUGAUGUAACAGCAGAAAGCACGCCCACUGACGUCAGACAGAAAAGGAUGCACGUUAUCUUCGCUUUCACUGAACAUUUUUCGGGAAGUGUUAAUCAAAGAGAAUACUUACGGACGUAUAUAUUUUGGGAAAAAAGAUGGCAAAAGAAAAUGGACGGGACUAAACAUGUCAAAAUCCAGGACAAGGAUGUGGAUAAAAGUCCUAUAAGCCAGGAGACGGAAGAUAAUGGCAAUGUGAACGAACUAGCUCUAGAGUUAGCUAAGAACGUUGUCACUACUGCUGUUAAGACCAUGGAAGAUGCUGAAAACCCCAUCAAAAACAUCAACUGGAUCACACACGGUGAAUUCACGGCAGAAAGGGGCCGUAAACAAAUUGAGGAGUUCGUUCUGACUUGGGAGUAUCAAGACUGCUGGGUGCACUGCACAGAGUUUAUAGAGAGAGAAGACUUGGUUCACAGCUACCACUACAUCUACUGUGUACACUGGAGCAACCCAACUGCUAACAUACCUAUUGCACAAGUCUCUGCCUCUGCCUACUUCACCAUCAAGAUCACCAAAAACAAACCUCCAGAUAUGCCCAUUGAGGUCUCUUAUAUUUUUGAGGGCCUUUCAUUAGUUCACAGACCAGGACAGACUCGCUUUCGAGAAAAAUGGCUGAGGGACACCAUUGAGGCCAAAAAUAUUUUAAUGGAGUCAAUUCCCUUCUAAUUCAAUUGUGUCUAAGUCUUA